AACGUUAUAACGCAUGCGCAUGCCAUCACCGUUUUAUCUGGCCUAGCGGCGAGACUGCUGUCCCGGAGAUGCGCGCACACAGAUUUCUCUGACUCCCGAUAAAACGAAUGGCAAUUCCAAACAAAGGAGCCGUCGAGGAGAACUUGCCCAGGUGGUCACGUGUCUUAUCAGCUUGAAGGCUUCAUUUGACAGAACUUCGUCCGUGAUGGACAGCGAGGCUCAGCCUCUCAGAUGCGCAGGGUGACAGUCAGGGUAGGCGGGCCCUAGAAGGCCAGUCUCGGCCUUGCCCAAUCAGCAGGUGGCGCUUGCUUCCUCGGCUUCUAUCGGAGUUCCUGCUCCCUUGCGAUGAGGAUCAUCCGCGAGCAGGUGGGUGAAAUCCGCGCUCCCCGGGAUCUACUGUUGGACACGGGUGUGGGUGUGGGUGUGGGUGUGUGUUCGGUGUGUAUGCGAACCCAAGUGGGAAGGUGGGCGGCAGCGUGGGUCGAGAUCUGCCCCCUUUUGCACAGCUGUCGUGGGUGGGGCUGUUCCUGUGACUUGAAGCCUUGCUGGGGAUGCCUUUGUGCGACCCGCAUCUUCGAUCUUGGCAAAUCGGCACCUGAAACCCAGAAAUCUCCUGCUCCUCAAAAUCUCGCUUUGUGAAGAGUUAGGAGGAGGGGCGGGUGCCUUAUCCAAGGAGAAUGUGCUUUUGGAUUAGGGAAGAUUGGGUCCUCCCAAUGACUAUCGAAUAUAUAAAUAUGUAUAUAAGCAUAUAUGCUAUACGGUAUACCGUAUAUUAAACGGGGGUCCGAAGGGUCUGUGGGUGUUCCCCCCACCCCUGUAAUUUGGCAGACUGGGUAUCCUCCCUCCGCAAAUGAAUAGGGUGGGGAAGAAUCAUGAAGCACGCUAAAUCUCGCUCUGCCGUUCAUAGUGCACAGAAAGAAAUCCGGAUCAGACUCUGCAAUAACAGGUUGCUGAGGGGAGAUGAAUGAGCAAUGGCGACUCUAUCACAUUUUCAUACUUAAGACAACAGGAUCAGUGCCCUGACACGACAGCUGAUCUGUGGCAGCAGGUUUAAAAGAAAGGGAUGCUGGUGAGAGUGAAUAUACUGUAUUUUCCUCCUGAAGUCGGCUGUGGUUUAAUUACUGCUUAAAUAAAAUACGCUAAAUUGGAUAAGCACAAACGCCAUCCAGUUACAAGAUCAAGUGUAGAGGUGGUAAUUUCAUUGUUUAUGCUUCCUGGGUUUGAACACUUAUUCAUACUACUUUGGAAACUACUGAAUGAGCUCUCUCUCUCUUUUACUCUUUUAAAAGGGAGUGUUCACUCUGACUGACAAUAUAAUUCUGUGUUUGAAAAGAAGUGAAUGCAUCUCUCAGUUGGCUGUGGUCCCUUUGAGUUUAAUUUCAGUGUCAAUCUCAUUUCUUUGUUAAUCCAGGGGUAAAACUAGGCUUUAGGGAAGCUUUUAAUGUUUAAUAGACUAUUGUAUUUUAAUAUUCUGUUGGAAGCUGCCCAGAGUGGCUGGGGAAACCCAGCCAGAUGGGCGGGAUAUAAAUAAUAAAUUAUUAUUAUUAUUUAUUAUUAUUAAUUUCACCUGGGUCAAAGACCCAGUUUGGCAGCCACAUGCAUUUGCACACACAGGCUGGGAGCCUCAGUGGUGCCACUCUGGAGAUUUUACUGGGGCAACCCCCCCCCCAUACAUAUGGCCCUAGUUAAGCCUAUGAUUUCAUUCCAGUAAGAAGGUGGCUCUGUAGAGGGUGCAAAGAAGGGAUUAACAGGGCUUGGACCUUGCUUCAGCUCUCCACUCAGGGUUGCUUCAUCUGGGACAAAAUUCAGGUAGAGAAAGCAGCGCUGGGUAGAAAUGAAUGUGCAACCCAUGUGUACAUAAGAUGUUUGGAGUGUAUUGCCACAUAAAAAACAACAACCUGGAACCUCCCCCCUCACCAGUUGGCCACAGAUUUCUGGUGUGUUUAAUCAAUAAUAAAUUGGAUUGAUCAAUGAGAAUCUAGGAAGCAGAAUAGGACUAUAGUUUACAUAUUAGGCUUUGCAUGAACCAGGGAGAAUCUGUUAGGUGUUUCAGUUGGUGCUGGUGGCUAAAGAUUUGUUCAAGAGCUCUAACCUUAAUUCGGGAAUUCCAUGAGGAAUGUAAAGAAAAAUGUGGUUAUGCCUUAGCCUGCCAAAUGCCUUCACGUUUCAAUAACAUUACUCCAUGGACCUGCAGCAUCAAUACUUGCUGUCAUAAAAUGAAACAUGUCUGUGACUCAACAGGCUUUCUUAGCAAACCAGUAAUAAGAGUGUUGUAACUCUUGUAGUGCUUUAUACUGGCUUUGUAGUUUGUCAGUGUGUCCUAGUUUCUCCCUGGUGAAAGGCGUCUGCCCUGCUGCAACCAUGGGAGUGGGAGACUUUCUUCUACUGCACUAAUUCUGACGAGAAGAUGUGGUAAGACAGCACAUGCCAGGCAGAAUGUGGCAUGGGCAAAUGUUUCCCUUUAGUACCACACUAUCACAGGUAUUGCAGUUACAAUGAGGAAGGGAGAAAAAAGAAUGGGCAUGAAGGGGAGAGUCCAGCUGACUUCCUGAAAUAGCCCAUUGCUAUUGCUAAUAAAUCAAGCAGAUGGUGGGGAACAAAAUCUUCUUUUGCUAGCCAGGAUUUUUCUUUAGUUUGCCCUUAAGAUUCACUAGUGAAAGUUAUUGCUGGGUCUUGUGCCAUCUUAUGACAGAUUUUUUUGGUGUUAAUAGCUUUGCCUGUCUUUUUCUCAGAUAACUAACAGAAGUAUGAGAAGUAUGUUUUCCCCAUCAGCACAAUAACAUUCUAUCGUCUCCCCUUCAUGAGCUGGGGAAGCUGAUACAUGCUGCAUACAGAAAAAGGAAGCUGGUAACUGGUGAAGGGUGGAAGGUCAAGAUCCUGUCAACUGUGCUGGAGAAGACAUGGCUCUGACUGUUGAAACAGAAUCGCGAAUAUACCACUCUCUUAGAGCUGUCUUUGGUGCUACUGCGCACCUUGCCUCACUUGGAUUUACCAUCUUCGUAGCUGUGGUGGCUAGACCUGGAUCAAGUAAGUAGGAUGCAAUGAUAGGUGCAUUGUUAAAUGUGCUCCAAUACCUGUGCAUAGGUUUGAUUAAAAACUAAGACGUGGGCAAAUAUACAUUCAAUCAAAAUUCUGUCUUGAGUGUGAGUAAAGAUGUUAGUCAUUUGAAAGUAAGACUUAUAGUCCAGCACUUUGUAGAGCUGAUUUCAGGUGGUUUAGGCCUCACUCUGCAUAUAGCCAACAUGAUAGGCUUCUGAAUCAUCGAAGCUCUCUAGGGCGCUUCUGCUCUUAAAUAUAAUUGUUUUACAGGGCCUAAACUGAUAGGAAUAGCUUCUGCCUGACAUAACACAUAGGAUGGUGUCUCAGUCCUGCACGAAACCUGUGCAUGCUCCUGAUGCACAUUUUAAUGUUCAUCCCCUUCAUGGUGUUUUUCCAAACCUUAUGUGAAUUAGGAAGACCAUCCACAUGAAGUUUACAUGUCUGUGACUACAGUCUUUGAUUAUUGCCUGAAGAGAGUUUGGCCAGUGCCCUUUACUGACGAAUAGUGUAGCAUUUCUGUUUUUCCAUUACAAAAUGCAACACAUGAGCUCUGUCACAGUAAACCAAUCCUUUGCAACAUCUCCUGUUACUAACUUUGCAGUCCUAGAUGGUUUUUGAGAAUAAACUUUGAGCCUCUAUCUGUUAAACGAGUCUUCUAGUGAAAUAUGAUCCUUUAACAUAACAAAAGCUUUAGACAAGAUCACUAGGCCCAUUUUCAGUGAUGCCUUAGGUAUUUUGGCAUAGGGCACUGCAUUCCCAUUUGCAGUCUCAGCAAAGCACAUGCGUUGAACCAAAGGUGAGACUGCAAACGCCAUCUUGGUAGUCAAGAUGACCCUGAAACUAAUUGGUAGUUGUUGCAACAAUGAGCUCACCUAUAUAUGCACUUGCUUUGUUACAGACUAAUUGGAUUGCUUUGAUGCUAUGCUUAUCUGUGGGGCCUGGGAUACAGGGUUCUUGGCCCACAGAGGGGAACUAUCUGUAAGCCUUAGAUCAGGCUUCCUCAAACUUGGCCCUCCAGCUGUUUUUUGCAUACAACUCCCAUGAUCCCUAGCUAGCAGGACCAGUGGUCAGGGAUGAUGGGAAUUGUAGUCUCAAAACAUCUGGAGGGCCGAGUUUGAGAAAGCCUGCCUUAGAUAGUUUCCAGCUAUGCCCUCAGAUGGAUUGAUGAGAAGUUCUGGUCAAACUAAAGUAUGCCGUCUUUUGUAUAAGUAAUGCUUAACUUAUUAGCACUUUGUGGACAAGUCACGAUUGCUUCCUGCUCUGGUGUUCCCCCCAUGUCUGUAAUGGCAGUGGGGCUUUGCAGGCUGUGUUGUAAGUUUAUACCUUUCUUUAAUAAAGCACUAGAACUGGCCAUUCUGGUGUCUUUGAUUUUCUCUUUUCGUAUCUGCACCAAACCACUCCCACUGGCCCUCCUUUGGGCUGCAGAUCAGAACAACACACCACAUUGCUCAAAAUAUUCGAUUUUUUUUUAGAGGGAUAUAAUCUGUGUUGUGCCAGAUUCUAAAAACAUCCCUGUUGCACCUACAACCCACAAUUUAGUGUAGCAUAAGGUUUCAUGUACUUGUGGCCACAAAUUUUAUACCACUGCAGAUCUGUUCCAUCUUUAAGGUACCACAAUCCUUGUUUAUCUUUUUCCUACUACAAAGUAAAUGGCAACCUUUCCAGAAUUCAUAUGCAAUUCCACAAUGUGUUUGGAGUGCUGUACUGCAUUUCUUUCAGCGCUUUUGAUUUUGAAGUCAUUUCGUUAUGUCUGUUUUGGGGAAAGUUUUGCUCCUCCCUUAACCUCACGUGAGAAGGAAUGACAAAGGGAUCUAAACUGAAGUACACGGUAUACAAAAAUGUGUGACGGCUUCUCUCCAGCAACAAUGAUUCUAGUACACUUAGCAUUUCCACACAAUUGGAUUAAUUCUAGGAUUUAAAUGGAUGUUUCCUAUUUCCAGAGCAGGUGGCACAUUUUCAGCUGUAUGCUAAUUGAUUGUCUACAGGGACUCACCUUGCUUUUGUUUCUUUACAGGCUUGUUCUCCUGGCAUCCUUUCUUAAUGUCUCUUGCGGUAAGCCAGCCACAGGCAUUCUUUACAACCAUCUUCCUAAAUAACUAAUUAUAACCUUACCUUAUCUAUAUUGGGCUUUGUUUAGUGGACUGAAUAGUCUGAGAAAAGGCUGGAGGCAGCUUAUUGUGGAGUAAGAUGGAAAUUCUGUGCUAAGGAAUUGGAAAAGGCAGAGGUGAUGCAGCUGCUCCUGCCUGUUGUGGGACUGGAAUCCAGAAUUCCCUACUGGUGGCUGGGAUUAAAAUAUGAGAUAAUUAUCCCUUCCUUCUCUGUGUGCAGCUCACAAAGCUUUUAUCUUCUCCUUUGCUGAUGAGGAUCACUAUAAAAUUUGUACCAGCGAGAUGGUUGGGUAUAAAUAUUAUUAUUAUUAUUAUUAUUAUUACCUUCUUUGGAAAAGAGAUAAGCCUUCCCAUGACAGAACAAUUUCUUCUCCAGUAUUUGGCAGGAAUUCCCAAGUUACUACACAAAGUUAAAUGCUGGGGUAAAGCAAGGAAGCUUUCGUUCUUGUCGUUAAGCUGGGAAUGAGUGCAAUUUUACCAUUGGCUAAAUGUAAUGUAACAAACCAUAGUGAUGUUGUCUUCUUUUGCCCCUCCAGUUUUCUUUCCUGAUGACAGAAGCCCUGCUGACUUUCUCUCCAGAGAGCUCCCUCCUCCAGUCCUUCUCCCGGAAGGCCAAGGUCCGCUUCCAUUGGGCUUUACAGUUGCUCUCACUCACCUGUGCAGUGUUGGGCUUGGCCAUCAUCAGCUAUAACAAGUACCGCAAGGGGAAAGACCAUUUUGUCACCUGGCAUGGUUUGACUGGCUUGCUGACUGUGCUGUAUGCUACCAUGCAGUGCAUGGGGGGCCUUGCUCUGCUCUACCCCAAGCUGAUGAAGAACUGGACACUGAGCAAACUCAAGCUUUACCACGCCACAUCAGGGCUGAUCGGUUACAUUCUUGGCUGUGCCAGUUUGAUGCUGGGUAUGUGUUCCUUGUGGUUUACCAUAUCUGUAACUGGAGUCUCCUGGUAUCUGUCCAUGCUGUGUCCUAUCCUCACCAGCCUGGUUAUCAUGAACCAAGUGAGCAAUGCCUACCUCUAUCGCAAAAGAAUCCAGCCUUGAAAGCCAUUCUGAAACAGACAGCUUGUGGGAUCUCUGAAGAAUUCCUGCAUUGUCAGUAAGGAGUCAGGUGGCCUUACAAGGCAGUGGGACUGAAGAAUCUCUUUUUACUUGCCUAUAGCAUCGUAUGGUAUUUUAUGUAAUUUCUGACUUUUCCCCGUGAAAAUCCUGGAGAUGCCCAUACUGUUGAACUAGCUUCCUUUUGGUGCCAGAGUGUCCAUGUAGCAUUUUCUCUUCUCUGUCAAAGUACCUCUGGAAAUAUGGCCACUGCUGAGUAAGUAGCCCAGCUGCACUCUGCUGGUGCCUCCCUGUGAAAGAACACCAAGUAUUGCUUAGGUCGUACUUGAUUCAGGUAGCUGCUGAAAUCCUUCUUGCAGACAGACAGACAGACAGACAGACAGACAGACAGACACCUCGGCUGUUUUAAUAUACUUUCUCUUGGUAAACGGUUUGGGGUUCAGAUGUCCUGGUUUGGGUAUCAGAUUGAACCUUUUAACACUCUGAAUAAGGGAAGGGCUGAUCUCUCUCUAACACAGUUGUAAAGGCCUGAGUUUCUGUCUAAAAAAAUCUGUUCUGACUGUGCAGUGCUCUAAGCUGUAUUAGAAAUGACAAGGUAAUUUGAGCUAGGCAGGAUCUAAACAUAUUACAUGCUUUAACAACAAAGCUGCCUUGUAUGGAGACUCUACAACCAGAAAGUGGCAAGGGAGGACAGAGAGCCUAACACUUCUCAUUUUUUAAUGCUCAAGAACACCAGACCACCCCUGUCUAGCAGGUUUUCUCCCCAGCAGGAUUCAAAGUGCAUGUUAGCAUGUAAGUGUAAAUUAUUAUUACUGCUGCUUUAUCUGUGCAUAGCCUUGUAGCUGAAGCUCUCAGGGGGAUUUACAUAAACAGUUUAAAAACCAAACCUGAUCAACUAUAUGCGUUAGAAUGGCUAGGUAACUUCACUUCCUGAAAUAGUGAAGUGGCUCAGAUGUGGAUCAAUUAGCCAUUGGCGUUUUCCAGAGACAAUUUGAUGUGAAGAGGUGGUGGUUGACAUGUAGAGCGUUUUGUACAACCUGUCUUAGAUUUAGACAAACAUUAGGAGAUACUUGCCAUUUCCUUCCACUGUUAUAAUAUUCUGAGGGCUGCAACUCCUUCACUACCCCACCUUCUCUCCUGUGGUUUUUUUUUUUAACUCUCUUAGAAGUCCUGUCAUUCCAUGUCUACACCACUCAGUUCAAUGUGGCUUAGUCCCCUGCUACUCUGGACUGCAUUGCAGGCUUGUUUACCUGUGCUUGUCUUGUGUUUGUGUGGAAGUAGGGGGAAAGGAAGAAAUUGCUACGGUGUCCUCCCUUCUAUUCCCACUCUGGCCCUCAGUAGUCACUGUGGCCUUUUCUUUGGUCAGCUGCUAUAACAGCAGCCAUUUUGAGAGCAACUGCUGCCUAGAAAAUAACAGGCAAACACUGAGAACCAGGAAGAAGAGGGGCAGCACAGUGAUGGAUUCUCCUCUUCCUCUUCCCUGGUGGAAAGAUGUGAGGCAGGCAAAAGUUACAUGAGCAUAUGGUACACUGAACUUGAGAAAGGCUUUCAAGAAUGGUAUAACCAAGUCUCUCUUCCCUUCUUUGCACUGAUAACUUCUGGGUUCCUCCUUUCAGGUUGACGCGUGCACUGUUCAUGGGAAAGCUUCACGGACAAAAGCACAAUACUAUGUAAGCUUAGGAAUUUCUCUUUGAACUUCUGGCCUAGUGGUAUAGGUUCUCAUAAUCUUUUAUCUUAAAUCUGGAAUGGUAUACCACAAGAACACAUUAUUACCUGAAACCAUUCCUGUUAGAGGGAAGCUUACAGCCUGGCAAAUGUAUUUAUGCCCUCUCAAGGUGGAGAAGAAACCUGCUCAGUCCUUUCCCUUCUAGGUGUACAGAAUUUCCAUUGACGCUUGUGUUAUGGUAGAUGAAUAGUAGCUUCAUUUUAUGGCUAGGUAAGCAAAAGGGAGCUCUGAUGUCCAAAGGUUUCCCACUGAUCCAAGCACAGAGGUUAGAAUAGUAUCUGCAUGGCUAUCUUCUUUUGUAGCUCUUAGACCAAAACUCCCAGCAUUUGAUUUCUCAUGAGUCACAGUAUUUAACAGAGACGAUCCUGCGAACAGGAACAUGGAAGCAGAGUGCUGAAAUUCAGAUAAGCGCUCUUCUUUUUUCAGACUUGGCACUGUUUGCCAAUACAUGACAAGUUCUGCACAAAUGUAACAUGUGUGAUCAACACUUGUGUUGAUCUACAUACAAUCUCUGCGUGGAAAUGCUUUCUACACCGGAAUGUUGAGGCACUCAGAAAAGUUUCUAGAUGGGCUGAUGGUACUUAAUCUCUUGCAGUUCCAAGGCAAGGAUAAAAUCCAGAUGCUUUUUUAUCAUUAGCUAACAGCUGACUUCCAGAUUUGAUUUGCGUGCAGCAUGUUAAAGUGGCUUCAGCCAAAGUGCACACAAAGGUUCCCACCAGCUGUGGGACUAAAUCAAGGAAAGGAGUCUUUGUUUUGCUGGCUGGGAAGAAGAGAGAAUAACUGCCUUAGCAAAGAACGAGAAAAUGGGCAAAGCUGGGCCCCUUGUUUAAUGGGAUUGGAAGAAGCACCAUGGUUGCAAGGAGAUAAGACACUGGCCCCAACCUAGAUAAAGUUAAUCAUGACUAAAGCUCUUUGAAACCUAUGAAAGAAUGUGACUAAUUGAAGUCCCAUUGUUUUCAGCUUCCAGUGGUAUGUACCUUAGAUGUUCUGUGCAGCAUCAUUUACUUCAACAUAUAGUUUGCCAUAAUGUAUUAUGUAAAAAUGCUACAUUUUUAUGGACUAGAGUACCUGGUUAUCUUUUCUAUGGAGCCCAUGGUCCCCACUUUUCUUGCGUCUAUGCGAUACCAGUCCUUUCAAUGACAGCUGCGACAGGCAUUAUGUCAGCAGGAAUGCUUCAUUUUCACCAGUGUUAUGGAUUGAUUUGGCUGAAAUAUAUAUUGCUGUUACUGAAACAUCAAGCGGUCUGCCAAAUCUGAAACUGCACCAACGAAGAUCGUUGUUUGCACUGGACUGUUUGUGAUGAGUAUAUCUGCCAGGCAGGUGUACCCAUCAAUGAGCUUGAUCAAAGAAAGGUAAUCAAGAGUGCUCUAUUAAAUAAAGCUUUUGAACACCUGUA